AUGGAGAGGGGAGGAAAGCCAAGUGUAUCUGCCGGAGUGGAUCGACUCAUGUCUCCCUCCGUUGCACCUGCCCGUGUCCGGGCGAGCUUCUUGCCUGAUAAGAAGAACGACAAAGAAAAGCGACACGUGCGAAGAGUCACUUCGAGAAAGACCUUCCAAAGAGGGGAAGGCGUAGAAAGUGAACUCGGCCAGAUGGAUUUCUCGACGGCCCGGUCAGGGAAGACGGCGACACGAUCGAGCGCGCCGAUCGCCGCUCUGCUUGCUAUAGCCAAAACUGCCGCCAUGACCGAAGAAGUGCCUUUGAAAGGUAUCAUCCUCGCCAACCGAAGGAGCGUCUUCCACAAAACACGGCUGUGUCCACGCCUACGUGGAGACAGGGUCUUCUGCCCCCUGGGGGAAAGCUGCACAUUCGCGCACUCGGAGAAGGAACUGAGACCGCCGCCAGUGCUCGACAGAACCAAGCUGUGCCCCAGCGUUCUCAGCAAGGGUGCCUCACCCUGUCCCGGCAUCGCUCGCGGGGAACCCUGCAAGUUUGCCCACUCGAAGUCCGAAAUUCGACACACUUCCAAUAUGUUCAAGACCAACAUGUGUUUGAAAUGGAACCGAGGAAAGUGCAAAGCUGGAGCGGAUUGCAACCAUGCUCACGGAGAGGAGGAACUUCGUUUUUAUCGUUUGCUGGCGUAUAGCAACGGAACGCGCGACUUCCGCAGCGAGGCGGAAGUCGGAGCACUCCGCUUAGGACGAGCCAGCGACGAAAAGGAAGGCGCGCCGCAGUCCUCCCCGUCGCACACGAAGGACAUGCACCCCUCAGGUGCACUCAAGGGGGGGAAGCACAUAGCGGAGAGUGCAGGAAACCAGAAGGGUCGGCAGAACGGUGCUUCGAAUCCGCGCUCGGCGACGAACGCUCUCGGACUGUGGGGCACGAACAAGAGCUGCGAUGCCGUGCGCGACCGGCUCUCAGGUAGCGCGUUGCCCUCCACGUCGGGGUGCAUGUCUGCGUCUCUGUCGGGGACCUCUUCAGUGUUGAAGCUCAACGGCGACUGGCGAAGAGAAGACGAAGGUACGGGAUGUUCUGUGUCUGGCGAGUCGAGCACCAGCUUCGUGGACGAGGCGGAGCAGCAGCGCAGACAAAUCUACGAGGAGCUGCUGGCGCGCGAGCAAGAGCAGCGACGCAGGGAGCAGGCAACUCAGGAGGAGUAUCAGAGGCUUUUGCUCACGCUCGCGGCUUCCGCCCCCGACCUCUUCCGGGCACUUUUUCUCUCCCCGAACACCCCUGUUGCCGAAUCUGAGACGCUUCGAAACCUGGCCCAGUUGUGUCCGCAGAACGGGCAAAAUAAGCGACAGUUGCCUGGCACCGACGCCCCAGGCUUCGAAGAUACGAGUCGAGUGGACGAGAAGGCCGAGACUGUGAAGAAAGACGACCGCAUGACGUCCUGGAGGGACGGCCUCGCGACCUUCCUGAAGCCUGCUGCUCCAGUCGUCAACGCACCCGAUCCCACAAUCGACGACUCCGUCCUCAGGGCGGCCCUCGCUGCGGCUGUCCAGUCGAAGAAGCAGCAGCCGAAGCUCGAGGUGUGUCAGGAGAGACCCGCGAGGUCGGACUUGGACGGUCUUCUGGUGCCUUCUUCGUUCUCCUUGCCCAAGGGCGGAGACGACGCUCUCGGACCGCGUCUGGACGUACCGCUGCAGUUCCCGCUCGGGAGUCGCGUCUCGACGCCUUGUCGUGGCACGGGGAGUGGAACGCCUGAUUCUUUCUCCACGUGCGCAGGCGGCGAAGAUUGUAUGGAGCGCUUGACGAACUGUCUACAGUUUGCGGCUGUGGAGGGAGAGCAGGCGGGCAGUGUGCCGCCGUCUCCGCUUCUCUUUGGUUCGCAGUCCUCCGUGACUUCAUGCGAAUCAGUCGAGAACGCCUCAUUCAUGUCCACGCCGCCCCUCCGAGCGGGCCUCUCUCCCUUUUCCGGAGCAGCAAACUGGGAGCAGAAGCGCCGGAGUGCGCAGGACGAGGUCUCAUCGGGGUCGGGCGUGCUGUUCCCCUUCUCGCCUGGUCGUAGUGACGGAGGGAUUGUGAAGGAGUCCCAGAAAGACGCUUUUGCCAGUCCCCUUGAGACGCUCUUUGCGGACCCGGCAGCGUUGGCCUUUUACUCCGACCCCUGGGGCACGAACGAGGAGCGCGAGGCACGAGACGCGUCCUCACCCUUCCAGGUGUUCACCCCCGUGAAGGAGGUGCGCGAUGCGACGUGGAGCCAGGCAGAGCAGGCACUCGUCUCGCGGAGGGGCAUGGGUUUGCCAGUUCAGCAAAAAGAGAAAGCAGAACACGGCCAGGCUCCUGGGCCGGGAGCGGCGUUUCAGGAUGCCCUGGCUCUCCUCCACAGUCUGGGACUCCUCAGCGACUCCGCGAAGCCACGAGGCGCCGCAGGGGGCGCUGGGGCUGAGACGCCCGCUCGCGGCUAG